GUGUAAAGUCUUUACAAAAUGGUUCAAAUUCAAAUAUAAUUUUUGGGGAUCUCUUCAUUUCAGCAGCAGUGUAUGUCCACCAUCUCAUCUGAGUCUAGCCUAGAUUAGAGGAGAUAUGCCUAUAUUUUGAAGGAAUGGCAGAUACAUUGGUUUAUGUCAUCAUUGGAAUACUUGUACUUCUUUCUUUUAUUGGAUUUUUUGCUUAUGUAUGUAUAAAAUAAAUAUGAUAAACUUUUAAACUUAUACUUAUAUCUUAACAGUUGACAUUUUUACAGAAAUAGAUCUAGGCCUAGUAAACGAUUAGAUUUAUACUGUAACAGACCGGCAUAUUCUGUUAUGAACUAUUAUUAGCAUGUUGUCAUUAGGGCAUAAUAUUAUAAUUAAUUAAAAUGGGCAAUUUUCUGAGUUUUCUCCUUUUUUCUUUGAAAACUAUGUAACACUACAAUACCAAAGAAAGGUUUAGGCAAAUUAAACAUUACAAUGCUUAACUACAUCUCUGAUUGUAGACAGGAAAGUCAUUUAAUUGUUAACAUUUUAUACUCCAGCUCAAAAUUUUGAAGAAAAAAAUCUGAAAUAUGCAAAAGGCAUACCAUACCACAUAAGACACCAAGAUAAUCUUUCCGUCACUUCUUAACAUAAGGACACAAGUAACGUACUUAAGAAUAUAAAUAACAUCAUGCUGCUUUGAUGCAUAUUUAUGCCCCCCUCCCGGCCCCGAUCAUAAAAAAUUUGAAACACCAAUAAGAAACUUUUUGUCACACAUCGUCACAAAUUUGUUACCGCAAACACUCAGACAUGCGACAAUGUUUAUGUAAGCCACCUAAGUAGAGUUAUGACUUUUUUUAUUGUCAGUGUUUUUUAAAACUUAUUUUCAUUAAAGAAUGUAAAAUUUUAUUUUUCAUUAAUCCUAGUUAGGCCUCCUUUACUUUAAAACUAAAAAAAAAAAAUUGAUAAUAGAAAAAGAGUAUUUUAUUCCAAUGUAAAGAAAAUACUGUCCUAAAUAAUGAAGCAAAUCAUAGGCCUCCAUGUCUAGACACAAUAAUAACUCGCAAACACUAGUUACUUAUGAUUGUUGAAAAACUUAAUAUCUAUUGUAACUUACAAAUUAUGUAAUGUAAAUGCUUUUUUUUAAAAUUGAGACUAUUUUUCCAGGUAUGUUGCUAUUGUAAUAGGAAACAAAAAGUACCAGUAAGUAAAAAUUAUGUUUUGAAGCUGUUUUAUAUUACCAUUGUAAGGAAUUUGUUGCCUCGUAUUUUUUUACUUUGUUACUGUCUAAUUUUUUAGUUUGAAUUGUUUAUGGGACCAGCUUUGUGUAAACAGAAUAAAAUAUUUCUGUAUUUGUGUGUGUGUCUAAAUAUGAAUAAAUUUAAUUCUAUCCAAUUACAGUCAGAUCAUUUUUAUGUUAAAAUGCUUCAAGGUUGAAAGGAUUCCCAUUUGGCUAAAAUAAUUUGAAAGGAAAUUCUAUCUUUAAAUAUACUUGUUAAGUAGCGGCAUUUUUGUAGUGACAUCUACUAUGUCCAUUGUCCAUGUAAUUUCAGUAUCAAAGACAUGAAACAGAUGUAGAGAGAGGGCUGCCAUGGAAAAGACAACAAGGAAUUGUGUAAGUAGAUGAGAGUUACCUUACAAGGUUUAUUUAGAUCAUAUAUUUUUUUCUGAUUUGAUGAAUGUUACAUUUAUUUCAUGCCUAAAAUUUAAAAUGAAAAUUUGGUGACAAAUGCGUUAAGAGUUUGCCUUUUGAAAACGUACAAAUUUAAUUUAUCUAAAGGAAUUUCUUUUAAAAAAUUGUAAUAUAAAUAUAAUUCUAACUCUAGCAAACUGUAUGUGUUGCGGUGUAUGAGCCAUGAGCUAAAAAGUCCCGAUUGUAAUAAGCAAAUAUUAUUGAUUGAUAAUGUGAGGGUAAUUUUAAUUAUUGUUGCCUUGAAAUAUUUGCAUUUAUUUACUUAAAAAACAAACUUUAUUUUUAAAAUAGAAACUUGAAGAGUACCUUAUUUUUCUAGCAUAUGAUUAAAAUAAAAACAUAAACCAUUCGUACUUGUUAAUUUGUUCUUUAUGCCAUAACAUAUAUUUUACUUUAUAUUAACAUCCCUCAGUUCUGGGAGGAAAUUAGAUUUGCACAACUUGUCAGUAAAUGAUGCCAUGCUGGCAUUUACAAAAUUUAUUCAAGAAAAGGAUUUUGGUAAGAACAGCCUUUAAAAAUCUACACCAAACCAAAAGAAGUAAUAAAGUAUAUUAUUGUACUGUAUUGAAAUAUAUUAAAUGCAAAAACUUGUUAAUAGCCUUUUGCACAUUACGUUAUUUAUGAAAUAUUAAAAUAUUAUUGUCAGAAUUCAGUUAUAAAGUGAAAAAAAUUUGACAUCUUUAUAAAAUUAAAGGUUUAAAAGUUACCCUUGGUUUCUACAAUGGUCAUUUUUUCAGAAUAUGGCCAACGAAAACAAGAUCCAUUUAUAUUUGUAAUAACCGGUAGAGGAAAGCACAGCCCCGAUGGCAUCCCAAAAAUCAAACCAUCUGUUCAAAGUUAUUUAGAUAAAAAUCGUUACAAGUAAGUGUUAAAAUACAUAAUUGUUUCGCAUUUUAUUUUGUUCAAUAAGGAUUUUCAUUUCAUUUAUGUAAGCCGCCUUACCCAAACUUUCCUAUUUUAUGACCCGGUUAUUUUUAUACUUCUCCUUCGUUACCCACUAACAUUUUUUUUUGCAUAUACUGGCCUACAUGUAACAUAAGAAUUUCCACACAGUUUUCAUUAUUAUAAUAAAGCUUCUACUCAUACAAGAAGGUAAAGACAUCAAACAUACAAAUAGUUUUUUAAUGAGUACAUCACCUUAAUCUAACCUAGAGUUUCUACCAUUUUUUUUCUUCUUUCUGUGACCCGGUAAUUUUUGCUUUUGUGGCCUGGAACCUAGUCACAACUUGGCAUUUGGCAAACGCUCAUUUACUUAAUAAGCAAACAGUUUUUUAUUUUUUGAAAUUUGUGUGCAUAAUUGGAGAUAAUUUCAACCUGAAACCCUUUGAAGUGACUUUCUUUUCCAGAGAACUUCUAUAACUAAAAUAAAACAUUUAGGGAGUGAUAUUAUUGCAGGUUCUAAACAUUUGCAUAAAGUAAUGGUACUAUCUUUUUUUUAAUUAUUCAUAGGUACACUUGGGCCAAUCCAGGUAUGGUGAAAAUUGACCUGUCAAGUAGACGGUGAAUUUUGUGGGCCAAAAUAGACGAAAGUGUUUCACACUGUUUUUGAGAGAUGUUGGAUUUCAAAAUAGUAUACAAGGACUACGUACCAGUGCAUAGAUAUUUUUUAGAUUUUUGCUAAUUGACCGAGCAGCUCAGAUCUAAUUCCAGCUGUAUCUGUAAUGAAGAUGUUUUAACAUUUUAAUAAAACAAUGCAACAAUUCUUCUUGUGAUGAUUAGGAAAUGGACAGACUACCAAUUAAUCAGCCUUUUUUAUAGUUUUGUCCAUCCCGGAUUGUAAGUUUGGUGCUAUAAUUAUUUCAUAAUAAAUCACAAAUCUGGGGGUCAAAGAAAAAUUUCUCAAAAAUUUGAUUUUUAAAAAAAUAUGUAUGAAAAUUUGCCACCUUCUCUAAAAUAUCUUCUGGCCGGAAAUAUAAAUUUAUAAUAUCAUAAUUAGAUUGAUCUGGACUCUAUGCAUGUAUUCACCUGGAUCAUUAAUUUCACUGGGCUUUUUAAAUUAAGUCAGCACAUUACGCACAAGGGAUUUUCUUGCACAAAAAAAAUAUUUUUUUUAAUUUAGCACUUGUGUAGUUUAGGUCUCUUAAACAUUGGAACUAAUGAGACAUAUCAUUAUGGUGCAUAUGGAGUCUUACGAAACAGCUAGUAAAAAUCCCCAAAUUUUUUAGAAGUCUUCAUAGUGCUGAAUUUAAAAAAAAAAAGAUUUUUGUGUCACUGUGUCCACGUUUAAACAUUUAUGAUUAAAAAAUAAUUCAGAAAUCAAGAAAAAAAAUAGAUAUUUGUCAAUCUGUACAAAAUGUGAUAAAAGCAUGUACAAACAUUCACUUUAUUGAAAGCAUAUAGAUUUGUUUUUGUCUAUGAUCUAGGCUGCAUUUCUGAUAUCAAAAGGUAGAUAGACUGAAUAAUUGAUAAAAAAAACAGCUGAUUCAUAAAUGGCUGAUAACUGAGUCUUGGCACAUUAAUCAGCUCAACGCUAGUAACAAUUAUUAAAAUGUAAGCUUAAAUUAAUAAUAAUUAUUAAAGCUAAAGCCUUCCCGUUAAUAAAACCUUAAAAUACAAGCUUCACUUUUGUAACAAAUUAAGUGAUAAAAUAUUGUUUUUUAGGUGAGAUGUGUAUUGCGAUGAAAUUGAAUUUACACCUAAAGUAGUAAUAGCAAGGGGAAAUAAAUUUAUUUUAAACAUCUCAAUGUUGCUUAUGAUGACUGUUAAAAUUUAUCAACUACAUGGCAUAGAAAAGGUAAUGCAAUCAUACUUGCUGUGAUCUAAUAACUUCUAAUUUUCAAAUACUUUCUCAAUGUAAAAUAAAUGAAGAUACUAAACAAAUAGCUACUAUUCCACAAGCCUGAAUUAUAUGUAGUUGCAAACCGUGUUUUUUUUUUGUGUGUUGUUUUUAAUAUAGGAUUUUUAUCUGGCUUGAACUGCCAAGUCCAUUUCAAAUAAAAUCCCUGUUAUGAAGCUCAAGUGAUAAGAUCUGGACAAACUUGUUACUCAAAAAAUAUUUGGUGCCAUUUUUAUAUUAAAAUGUUUUUAUUUUUAUUUUAUGGGGUCUUUUUUUGUUUUAAACCCUUAUAAUAUUUCUGUUAAUAAAGUAAAUAAUUGUAAACUUUUAUUUAAAAUUAAGCUAAUUUUAUUUAUUUUAGAAAUGACUCGUAUGAUCUUUGAUAUUUUUAAAAAUAAAAUUUGUUUUAUUAAACUGAAGUGUGCAAUAAUGAGUUUACUUUACAACCACUGCUUGUGGAGUUAAUUCCCUUUACCUUAAUUUAAAAAAAAAUAUUUUUUUUAAAUAUUUGCUGAAGUUUUAUAGUUUUAUCAUGUUUGGGGUACCUGGGGAAAGGCUUUUUCUUCAUAUUGUUCUGCAUUAUAACAACAAAUAUUUUCUUUAAAAACAGUUAUUAUAUUCUGUGAGGUUUUAAAUUUUAAAAUAAUUUUGAUUGCAUAAGUUCAAUUUAUUUAUGAAUAAAUCAACUACAAAUUUACAAUGUGACCCUAUAUUUAUAAUUCCUAGAGCCAUUAUAUCUGAUCUACAGAUUAAAUUUCUUAUCACUACUUAAUGCUAUGAUGUCUCUGCGAAAGUUCAUCAUGUU